CGCCUCGAACGCUUCGAGAAUUCCUAACGAGUCGGACGUGUGUGUGGAGCUGCUGGCGUACGGUUUCUGUUUCUGUCUGUCUUGGUCUUGCUCUUGGUCUCAUCCCCCGUGCGUGUGGCUGUGCUUAGUGUGUGUAUAUUUGGCAGUAAGUUACCCCAAGAAGAAAUCGACGGCGUUGCGGUUUUUCUUUGUCUCCCUGCCAAUUUCGUGUGACCCCCGAAGUGCGACUCGCCGUUCGGUAAAGCAGCGAUCCAGUUAAUAUCCAGCCUAUAUCAAUCCAAUCUAAUCCGCACCGCACCCACGUCAAACAAAGCACCAUGAGCUGGCAAGAUUAUGUGGACAACCAACUCCUGGCCUCGCAGUGCGUGACCAAGGCGUGCAUCGCCGGCCACGAUGGCAACAUUUGGGCGCAGUCCAAUGGAUUUGAGGUGACAAAAGAGGAACUCUCUAAACUAAUCAGCGGCUUCGAUCAGCAGGACGGUCUUACGAGCAACGGCGUAACACUCGCCGGCCAGCGGUACAUUUACCUCUCCGGCACGGACCGCGUGGUGCGUGCCAAGCUUGGCCGAAGCGGAGUGCACUGCAUGAAGACAACACAAGCCGUGAUCGUUUCUAUCUACGAGGAUCCCGUUCAACCCCAACAGGCCGCUUCCGUCGUAGAAAAACUUGGAGAUUAUUUGAUUACUUGCGGGUACUAGGAGAAUAAAUCAACAAAAACACCCCCAUCAACCACAACAACACACACCAACAACUUCAACAGCAGCAACAAAUUUGAUAAGAGAAAACCGUAAAUGAACUAACAUAAAAAGUAAUUAUUAAUAUUUAAAUUUAUGGAGAAAAACCAACGGCCAAGAAGAAAUUUGCGGUUUUUUGUGUGUAGCCGAAGAAAUUGAACGAGUAAAAAUACAUAUGCUUGAAAAAAAUGUCAAAAAAACGCAAAUAAUUACCCAACUACAAAAAAUAUAAAUUUCUGCAUUAUUAUAUUUAAAACUUUUUGGUUUAAACGAUAAAAAUAAAAGGAAAACACAAAACUAAAAAACGCCCAAUAAUUAAGAAUUCAGUCCUCAAAUUUGAACAAAAUAAAAAAAAAUUGAAAAGGCAAUCUAAAUUGUAAGCAACAAAAAAGAACUGUAAAUGCAAAAAAACCAACCAAAAACCGAAAAGAGAUUAUCAACCAAGAACAACGCAAGGCAACGCAGGCAUUUUUUGGAAACAUUUUUUGUAUAGCAAUAUUUACACAACCGAUAAUGUUUAUGUGUAUUUAUAUAUACAUAAAUGCACACGCUGGUUUUAUAUAAAAGAGUGAGUGAGAGAAGAUUUAGAGUUGACAGCCGAAUGGAGGGCAGCAAAGGAAGGGAGAGUGAUGUCAGCCAACGAAACGGAGGAAGGCAGCCACAGGAAAAUACCAACCAAUAUAAAUAAAUAUAUCUAUAUAUAUUUAUAUAUGUAAACUAUUUGGAGAUCCACGAUGCUCUAUUUUUAUAUGGUGGAAGGAAAAACCCAAAAUGGAAGAUUCGUAAAUACCAGCCGCAUUGGUUAAAUUUUUAUACAAUGAUGUCGAGAACAGGGAGAAAUUGAAUUUGAGUAAAGCUGAAAUACAAAGCGCAUGCUUCAUCAAAUAAGUGUUCAUAUUUAGAUUCAGUUUCCCAUUGCCGGUCUAAGGCCGUUUUCUCGUCCGUUUGUUAAAUUUAAAGUAAGUUAAGUAAGGAAAUCAGAGUUUUAAACCUACUUUAAAUUUAACAGUCGAACGAGAAAAGGGCCCUUAAUGUAGGUAUACCUCUCUCACUCUCCUUUACAUAUGUCGGCUCUGAUGAUUGUCGCUUUCUACAUCGUAUAAAAAGAAUGCCACUAAAUUUACUGUUUACUCAAUACCGAUUCCGGGAGUACAUCCGGCAUAUUAAUUGUUUUCUAUCGAUAGAGAAACAAGUGCUUGAGAAAAAAUAAAAUAUUUAAAGGCUUCCUAUGUUUAUGUAAACUGAAAUCCAAGUGGUUCCAUCGUGCUCUCACAAACUCCUCAAUUUCUUUCUGUCUUCUUGAUUUCAACUCCCUGACUUUUUCCGUACAAGCUAAAGAACAUUGAAAUGAAAACCGAAUGCAUAAAUAUAUGGAUAUAAAUCAUAUAAAAUACCAUACUUUAAUACUAUUAAAAUGAAAAAAACGAGUGAGACAACUGAAAAUGCUCCUCAUAAAAA